CCGAUACCUUCGCCUUUUCCGCCCGCGCCGUCCGUCUCCGUCGAUGGCGAUGGAGAUUCCGGCGCAGGUGCGCCGCUACUGGCUGCCGAUACUCCUAUUCACCGCCGGAUUCCUGUUCCAGGUCCUCGUCCUGCCCCGCCACUUCCCGCCCACUCACUACGACGUAUUGGGAGUGGAGAGGUUCGCGUCUGUCGAGCGGGUCGUGGAGGCAUACGAGUCGCUCUCCAAGGAGUGGCUAUCUGAAACGAGUCACCAACCAACUGUUGAUAUUAUAAAGAUCCGUUAUGCAUAUGAGCUGUUGACAAAUCCAGUUUUAAAGAGGGACUAUGAUCUUUUUGGACUGGAUGAGCAUAAGGAUGUCCUUGAGAGAGUCAAAGAACAAUAUCAAAUGGUGCACUUUCUCAAAAUUGAUCUUCCAUUGUUAAAAGACUCUGUAGUCAGUUUGAUCGAUGAUGCCUUCAAUGUACUCACACAUGAGUCGUUCAUGUCUGCUAUUAGUGAAGAAUACCCGUUAAUCAUACUUGUAUAUUCAAAGGGGAGUCCUCGGUGUGCUCAAUUUAUUGAGUACUGGAAGCAAAUUGGCACUCAAUUGGAUGGAAUUGUCAGAACUGCUAUGGUAGAAGUUGGUGAUUCACAAGUGGCUGGUUAUUUCGCCGAAAAACGGUUCUCGAAACGGCCAUUUUUCCGUAAUGGUGUACCAACACUUGUUGCAUACCCUGCUAACUGCAAAAGUCCAUCCUGUUACAUGAGGUACCCAGGUGGGCUUUUUGUGGAUUCUGUUGUUGAUUGGGUUGCAACAUCAGUUGUAGGAUUGCCUCGGAUCUUGUACUAUUCAAAGGAGACAUUGGGCCCCCAAUUCAUUGGGAAGAGUGGCAAUCAUAAGGUCAAAACUAUCUUUUUCUCAAGUACUGGAGAGCGUGCUGCUCCAUUCGUUCGCCAAGCUGCCCAAGAGUAUUCAAGUUAUUCAUCAUUUGGAUUUGUCCUAUGGAGAGAAGACGAAUCCCAGAUUUGGUGGAAUUCGUUAGGGGUGGAAUCGGCUCCAGCACUUGUUUUCUUGAAGGGGCCAGGCACAACGCCUUUUGUACACCAUGGAAUUUUUAGCAAGUCAGAGUUCAUAGAGAUGAUGGAGGAGCACAAGCACCAUGAACUGCGACAGCUAAGAAGUGACACAUCUUUGGAACUGGGUUGUGAUGCUAGAGGUCAUUCACGUGCUGGCAAUGAUGCAGCAAUUUGGUAUUGUGUAAUUGUUGCUGGUCGUCCAGGUGCAGAAUUAAGCAAGAAGAGACAAAUUUUGCGGAAGGCUCAAGACAAAUUGUUAGGUGAUGUUGACAGAAGUGCUGGGAACGUUGACAAUUCAGUAGAGACAUCAAGUGCUGCAACUGCCUUCAAAGAUGAUAGGUUAACCUUUGUUUGGUUAGAUGGAGAAGUACAAAAGCAAAUUUGUGCCUUCUACCUUGCCACUGAUUAUACUGGAGCCUGUGGCCCUCGAGACUUUGGAGAUGACAAUGAUAAACCUGAAAUUUUUAUUGUUCGAUUCCAAAGAAAUGCAACAUAUGAGGCACUGAAAGCUGAAAAAAAGAACAAUCUUGUGGAUGUUCUCCAGGGACAGCAUGCUGAUGCGUCCCAGUUAGUGGCAAGGUACAAGGGCCCAGUUGAAAUUGAAGAGAUAAAUAGGUGGAUCUCUCAGAUUAUCAAAGAUGGAGAUACUAGAGAAAUUCCUUACUUUACUUCAAAGGUGCCAGAUCUUGUACCAGAGGAAACAAGCAAAGCAUGGAAUUCUAAAAGUAUCCGCUCAGCAGGGAAAAGUCUAAAAGAGAACAUCGGUUUCCAUUUCCAAGAUUACCUAACCCACCCAAUGAUUGGUUCAACUUUGCUUAUGUGCGGAUGUAUUUCUAUGGGAAUAUUAUGGUUCAGGAACAACACACCCACUCAAAGUACUCGACAGGAGAAAGCUCGGAAAGACAAGGCAAAGAGGCCCCGUCCGAAGCUUAGCACGUCGCUCUUCGGUGAACCUUCUGUCCCAGACGUCGACCCAAAAGAUGCUCGUCAGUGGGAAAUGUCAAGCUCGGAUUCAGACUAAUGACUCGCUUCUUACAUUUGGACCUGACGUACUGCAAAGACGUUUUAAAAUUAAGUAAACUACAUAGUAGUGCGGUGGCCUUAGUUUUGGGAAAUGGAACAGAGUAUAACCGAUGUAGUGAAAACAGUUGGACCACUGAAGUAAUCCAGUUGCCAUCUUUCCGAUGCUUCAGCUGCCCUGUGACGUGACUCCAGGGACGUAUUUGUUGACACCUGCUUGAAAACUGACAAGCCUCUCUAUUAGACAGAGUGUUAACCUGUGGUCUCAGAAUGGAGUAAACAAUGGUAGACAGAGUGUUAACGUACAUCAUGUCUGAUGUAAGCCGGCAGGUAUUUUCGUCGUGAGCCAAAACUCGGCUAACGUCGUGACACGGACUAUUAUUUUUAUUUUUCUUAAAUAAUAAUCCCUUUUCAGACA